UGAUGUAGGUUAUUCUGUACGGUAUUCUUGUGAGACUCUGGGUCAAUAGUGAGUGAGGCGAGCCAGGUUACCCAUCCGUCCAGCCAGCCUGCCAGCCGUCAACACAGCCGCACACCCGCUCCAGCCAGCCCUGGGACCCUUUCGCAGGACUAACGCCAAAAGCGGGAGCUGAGCGUUGCGUUCCGCAGCAGCACCAGCAGCAGCAGCAGCAGCAGCGUAAAAGCCGGCUGACGAGGAGAACGCUGCCCAGAGAGGCAGAAGCGAUGGCGACCUCCGGAGGCAGCAACAGCCACAUCGCCAGCUUCUACAAAGAUCGCAGCGUGCUCAUCACCGGGGCCACCGGCUUCAUGGGCAAGGUGCUGUCCGAGAAGCUGCUGCGCUCGUGUCCCGACAUCAAGAACCUGUACCUGCUGAUGCGGCCCAAGAGGGGCCAGGAUGUGCGCACCAGACUCGUCGAACUGCUCAAUGCUCAGAUUUUCGACGGCUUGCGACGGGAGCGUCCAGAGGCGUUGUCCAAGUUGAUCGUGGUUGCCGGCGACAUCACGCAGCCCGAGUUGGGCAUCUCCGCAGCGGACCAGCAGCUGCUGACGGAAAACGUGUCCGUGGUUUUCCACUCGGCGGCCACGGUCAAGUUCGACGAGGCGCUGAGACUGUCCGUCGCCAUGAACAUCCUGGGCACGAAGCGGCUGGUCGAGCUGUGCCACAAGAUGUCCAAACUGGAGGCAUUGGUGCACGUCAGCACCGCCUACUGCAACUGCGACCGCGACGAGGUCAAGGAGGAGGUGUACCCGCCGCCCGCCGAGCCGGACAAGAUCAUCCAGUGCGUCGAGUGGCUGGACGAGGACGUCAUCAACUCCAUCACGCCCAAGCUGAUCGGCAGUCGUCCCAACACGUACACCUUCACAAAAGCGCUGGCCGAACACAUCCUGGUGCAACACAGCGGCAGCCUGCCGGUGGCCAUCGUGCGGCCGUCGAUCGUGACCGCCGCCUGGAAGGAGCCCAUCCCCGGCUGGGUGGACAACUUGAACGGACCGACAGGAAUGAUCGCCGGCGCCGGCAAGGGCAUCCUGCGAACCAUCCUCUGCUACCGCGACCUCGUCGCCGACCUUGUUCCUGUCGACAUCUGCAUCAACCUCAUGAUUUCGGUCGCCUGGCACACGGCCGUCAACAGGCCGAAAGACAUGCUCGUCUACAACUGCACCUCAGGCUCCCUCAACCCGAUCAAGUGGCACCAGGUGGAAAGAAUGGGCUACGACUUCCUGCACAAACACCCUUUUAGCGACGUCAUUUGGUAUCCAAGUGGAUCUUUCAAGUCUAACAGGAUGGUCAACAACUUGAGCGUUUUGGCGUUCCACAUGGCACCUGCACUCGUCCUCGACACAAUCGCCAGGCUCUCUGGCAAGAAACCUAUAAUGAUGAGAGUGCAGCAGAAGCUUUCGCGAGCUGUUUCGUGCCUUGAGUUCUUCACGACGCAUGAGUGGCGUUUCACGAGCCACAACGUGACGCAGCUAGCCGGCAAACUCAGCCCCGUGGACCAGCAGCUCUUCGACUUCGACAUCAGAGGGGUCGAUUGGGCGAUUUACAUGGAGCAGUACGUCUUAGGCACCCGGCGCUUCAUCCUCAAAGAGGACAACAGCACCUUCCCUGCUGCGCACAGACAUCUCAGAAAAAUGUGGUGGUUGCACCAAUUGACGCAAUUGCUGUCUUUGGCUGUGGUGUGGCGCGUGGUGAUGCUGCGCUCGUCUUCCGCGAGACGCAUCUGGUACGCGUUGAUGAACGCCUUGCUGCAGAUCGUCCGCGCGACGCCUCUCGCCCGUCUCAUGCCGUGAAAAAGUGUCGAGAAAAUUUAAAAACAAGACAAUUAAAGCCGUCGGUGGUGAAACACGGACUCGGGAGUGUACGAGCGAGGUCAAAUUCUUAUUUAUUCUUAGCAAAAGCAGCGGCAACUCUUUUGGAAAAGAGUUGCGAGCUUAUCAGAAAUAUUCACACUUAGAACUUUUAUUACUCGCGCGCCAGGCGAUAUGUUGGAAACUUGGAAAGCACAAACUCGAGCCAUAGAUGGGAGUCCCCCCUCAAAUGUCUUCUACAGUGUUCAUAUUACAGAGCGAAAAUAAUGUCAAUUUGUACCCUCAGACGACUGUUCCCCGACUUGCCAAUUCUAUUAACUUCCAAGAAAGUGCAGAGAAUUGUUAGAAGAGGUUUGUGCGAUACCUUUUUGUAUAUUACUCAAUAAAAUAUAGCCCAUUAUGAUUAACAAAUAA